AUGAUGAAGCUAAAGUUAAAAACGUUGUUUUGUUACGUCGGAGGAUUCUACACGUACAGCGUUUUUGCGCUCAUAUUUUGGGAAACAAGACGGAAGGACUUCGGCGUGAGCAUGACUCAUCACGUGACUUGCGUAAUCCUUGUCAUUACCGCCUACAUAUUCAGGUUCGGCCGUGUCUGUUCCUUGAUGGUUGCGAUCCAUGAUGCGAGCGACAUCUUCCUCGAGCUCGCCAAGCUGAGCAAGUACAUUGAAUUCGAAACAAGCGCGACCAUCAACUUUCUUAUCUUUGCGGCAUCUUGGGCAUGGUUGAGGCUCUGGUGGUAUCCUCGGUACAUCAUCUACAGUUCAAGCUACCAGGUGGUUCAGCUGCUGGACAAGAUGGACCACGUGGAAUAUGGCCCGAAGACUUACUACUUCUUUAACUUCAUUCUCGUUCUCCUGCUAGUACUUCACGUGUACUGGUGGAUACUUAUUGCCAAAGUUAUUAUCAGGCAGUUUGGAUCAGGAGCAGUGGAAGAUGGCAGAUCUGAUGAUGACGAAGACGACGACUAG